CAUAGCAGCGAGACAACAGAGCAGAGCACAGGACAGCACUUCACUUAUUGUAGCAGCACAGUCAGGGCAGCCUGUCUCAGGACCUAAGGGCUUCAGACAGGACCUUCUGGAGGACCACUGCUGGACAAACCACUGAUUGGCUCGCCAAGUGAAAGAAAAUAACAAGCUGAAGCAAAGAGGUGAGGAUAUUGUUAACAUCUGUCAUCCCUCCUGAUUCCUGGAGAACUGAUCUGUAUUUAGGGCAGGUGAACAUUCCAGAGCUCUUGACCUGCUGAGGGCCACAGUAAGUAGCCAGGAGGACUUCUCAUCAGAGCUAACAACGAACCUUCUGCUAUCCCGAUUUCCAUGGCUCAUGUCUCCAUCUGGUACUCCUCACACUAGCCAGAAAGACCUGUGAAAGUGGGCAUAUGCAUAGCUCAUCAUUAGGUUGGCACAGGCUCACCCCCUCCAUCUCUAGAGCUCAGGGACAUGAACGGUUACGGUUCUCCUUACCUGUACAUGGGGGGGCCCGUGUCACAGCCCCGUGCUCCCCUCCAGAGGACUCCUAAAUGUGCCCGCUGCAGAAAUCAUGGCGUCCUAUCCUGGCUAAAGGGCCACAAGCGUUACUGCCGCUUCAAGGACUGUACCUGCGAGAAGUGCAUCCUAAUCAUUGAGAGACAGAGGGUCAUGGCAGCUCAGGUGGCUCUCAGGAGACAGCAGGCCAACGAGAGCUUGGAGAGCCUUAUACCAGAUACUCUGAGGUCCAUGCCAGGGCUGCCAACCUCUCUCCCAGCGGACAGCAGUCAGCAGCCAUCCCGACCAGGGGAGAUGACCAUCCGAUGGGCACCAGAACCACCCUCAGCUAUGCAGCUUUCACUGAAGACAGACCUAUCUGAGGAGAGACUAGGUGACAGCAGCAGUACGGAGAACGGAGAGAACUACAGUGACAAGGAAACCGACCAGAGGAGCUCCCCCGAAGUGAAGCCCUGCUGCUCCCCGGAGAGCCCCGAGGUGGUGUCUGUGGAUGAGGCCGGCUAUCAGGCACAGAAGAGCUGUAACAAUGCAGAGAACACAUCUGAGAGCCCCAAGUAUCAGGCAGAACAAAGCCAUCUCCUGGUUGAGGGCUCUUCGGGCACCAUGUCUUUGCCUUUCAGCUUGAAAUCCAACAGACCACCUCUGGAGGUGCUCAAGAAAAUAUUUCCAAGCCAGAAGCCCACUGUGCUUGAGCUGAUCUUGAAGGGGUGUGGAGGAGACUUGGUUGGGGCUGUUGAAGUCCUUCUAUCCAGCAGAUCCUCUGUGACAGUGGAGAGAACUGCUGCUGACCCUGAUGGUCUUGUGCUACCUGCCAAUGGCCACUUAUUCGAGCACACUUUGAGCUCAUAUCCCUUAUCCUCCUCCAAGUGGUCGGUGGGGUCAGCCUUUAGGGUUCCAGACACACUGCGUUUCUCUGCUGAUUCCAGCAAUGUGGUCCCCAAUCCUCUAGCCGUACCUCUACAGCACCCCUUCCCACAGACCCCCAGGUACCCUCUCCUACUAAGAAACACUUUAGCAAGAAACCAGUCUAGCCCAUUCCUGCCAAACGAUGUCACCUUGUGGAACACCAUGACCUUACAACAACAGUACCAACUUAGGUCUCAGUAUGUCAGUCCCUUCUCAGGUAACACCUCAACGGUCUUUAGAAGUUCCCCUGUCUUGCCCACUAGACCUCCAGAAGACCCAAGGAUCUCAGUUCCAGAGGAGAACUGUCCCAUUGUAGUAAAACAGCCCAUAUAUACAGAAGAUGACUAUGAGGAGAGAUCUGAUUCUGCAGAUUCCAGAAUACUCAAUAACUCCUCUUAAAAGACAACAUUGCUCUAUUUCGAAUGACAUUAGCACCCAUCCAAAAUGGGCAUACUUUUAGGAAAUCUCUUCCAUGAUGUGAAUUCAAGUUAACAGUUUAUUUUACAGAAGAAAACAAGACGUAUUUAAAUGACCCACAUCCAUUGCACAAGCAAUGAUCUAUGGUGUGAGUACCACUUUAUGAACAAUGUUACUCAAAAAGAACUAUGCCAUAUCAUCAGCUCAAUGAACAAAUCUCAACAGGCACAUCACUGCUUUAAAGCAGCGGGCAAUUUGUUAAUUAGACAUUCUAAUUAAAUGAAUGUGACAUUUUAAGGUUCCCUGUGAUAACUCUGAAAGUAGUGAGAUCAUGAAAACAUGAUACAGCUGGCUCCUACAGGGAAAUGAAAUAACAAAUAAGAAGUUAACCUAUGUAAUGUCAAUGUAAAAAAUCCAAAAUGUGAACUGCAUGAAUUGUGUUGUUAAAUGAGCCCAUAAGUAAACAUUGUCAGGUUAAUGUAGCAUGCUAAGGACUCGAGGAGAAAUAAAGGAGUUGAUGAGCAUGUCA